GGCUUCGCAGGUUGCGUUUGACCACAUCGAUGGCACGACCUUGUCGCGCUUGAUCCAUCAUCUACUGCUUCUAACAACUACUGCGUCGUGUUGUAGACUUCCUCAUUCCCAUACUUGUUGUUUCCAUCGUCCCAAAAAUGACGUCUUACUCGAGCGCAGAGCAGGAGUUUUUGAGGGGCGGCCUGUCUCAGAACUUCCGUCUGGCGACUGAGUCAGACUCCAGCAUCUACGUCCAGAAAGGCUUCUUAAGCCAGGCGCAAGGGUCAGCUUUUGUGGCGCACCAUCGAACGGGAGGCACCAGAGCCAUAGUUGGUGUUCAUGCGGAGGCUGUGAAAGUUGUAGAUGUUGAGAAUCAACAUGUAGUCAACAACAACAAAUUAUCUUCUUCGUCAGUGGGUGGAGCAGCAGCUUCUUCGGGAUCUAGUGGUGCAAGACCGGAUCUCUUGCUCCUAGAAGAGCCGAACUUCUUAGAGGUUGUGUUUCUGCCUGGCGCAGCGAUUGACAGGAAAACCGGAAAGGGGUCGUGCGCUCUCGAUGCAGAACAAUGUGCACGACUGUUGCAACGAUAUGCGACUGUUGGCGGAAAAAGGGGUGCAGCCACUAGUACUUUCUCAUCCACCAGAACUACAAAUAGUCGUGCCAUCUUCGCUACCCGCCCAAGAACGUCAACGUCAACAACGAAAACUUCGGAUUUUUCAUCCAGUUCAUCCAGCUGCUCCACAUCGUCCAGUAUUGCGCUUUCAUCGUGUCUCUCGACUCGUGCCGCAACGUGCUUGCGUGACGUGCUGUUGCGAGCUGGAUUCCGGUUGAAAGUGAGCAUUAUUGCCGAAGUGCAGCAAGCGGGAAGCUGUGUUUUGGACGUGCUUUCAGCUGGUAUCCUAGCAGCGCUCGAGGACUUUAGGUUGCCGCUGCUAGGUAUCCAGCAUGAGGGUGGUCGCAGUCGCGUUGUGGUCGCACACGAACAAGAAAAGGCGAUGAAUACACCGAUGAGGGUGGACGAAAUGGAAAAAGAACAUCGUGAAGACCACAAUCAUGUUGGAGCUGUUGGUGCUGUUGCUACAACCGACGUCAUCAUGAAGGAAAAUGAUCAUGAUCAUGACCUGCACGACCUCGAGGAACGAAAUCGUAUGAUCAGCUUCCUACCCCAACAGUUGCAUAAAGCCGUCACGCGUGCCCGCACCGUCUGUAUUUUCAACAAUCUUCACGAUCAGGAGCAGCAGCAAACAACAACCUCCAGAACAAGUACUAGAGGCAUCGGCGUUCUCACUGCCCCUUGUAUAGAAGAAGAGGCAGGUGGGUGCUGUGCCUUGUUCAUCGACUUCGCGAAUCGCGAGACUGGGAGGUCAAUCGGUGUGCAUGGUCCAGUCUUGCCCAGCACCAUGUCUCGCAUCAGUCCAGAGUCUCUGCUAGCUGCACAUGCCCUAUUGGCGGCACCUGGUCCGGAGAAACUACAAGGCGAAAAGGAAAAGCUUGGUGAAGCUAAAAGUACAAAUAGUUUGCCAUCUACGACAAGGAAAAUUGCAUCUUCGGUUGGUGGGUCUUGAUGAUGAAGGAGAUAUUUCCAUUUGACUGACCAGCACAUCCAUUUCCAUGAUGAAAACGAAGAUUAAAAGUUACCAAGUACUUUUUACCUAUCGCUAUCAUGGCUGACCCCAGCACGCACACGACUCAGAAGGAUUGAUAACGACUGAAAAUCAAUGCCAUCUCCUCCUCACAAAUGAACAAGAGAAAAUGCAAUUGCAAUCCAGCACGUUUUAUCUUUACCCUUUAUGCUGAUGGAAAUAACAAAGCAUUCCUUGUUGAAUGCUGAAAGAU